GGGGGGGGGGGGGGUAAAGAAGGUACUCACGUUUAUUGAGUAACAUUUAUCAACUAUAGUGUCUUGCAUAUUACAGCUACUAAGAAACUGAGGGGAUUCGAUGUAUAAAGGAAGGUUAUCUCCAAUAGGACCUUUCCAAAGUCUGGAAAUAUAGACUAUUGCCGGCAUUGAUCCUUUCUUCCAGCCAUAUAGUGAUCUUUAACUUGUAGCUUCCCAAAUAAGGGAGUCACUAAACUUUUCUUCACAGUUGCAAAUAGUAUCUAUUUUUCAGGUACUUGGCAAAAAUGAUAUCCUUCCAAAGCCCUUUUUGAUUGUCAAGUUUCCACCAUCAUUUAACAAGGAGACUGGUCUUUUGCUUAAGUAAAUCUUUGAUCCCAAAGCCAGCUUUGCAUUUAAAUUUACAAACUUGAGACCAUUUGACAAGAUAGUAUCAUUUUCUCCCACUCCCCCCGCCAGAAGAAAGCGCCUCCUAUGUUUAUCAAAUCUUUCAAUGAAAGUUUUAGAUAACACAACAUCGACAUAUAAUAAUAGGCAAUACUGGACAUGGAAGUGUUGAGAAGGAUAAGUCUACCACCUGAAGAGGCUGCAUUUCUAAUCCAGGAUUCACACCUCCGACUUCGGGUUAUUAUGAAUUGUGUAUCCUUUUAUAUUAACUUGUGUAUCUUUUUUAGUACGUUAGCUUGUGAUUUACCUGUCAAUAAUAAUGCGAUUCUGUAAAUAAAUGUUCAUCAAAUUCUGCCCAUGAAUUACCUUGUAUUUUGAUUAGAAGCUUGGUAAGUAAAUAAAAGUGAAAUUGAUUCUGGAGGUACGUAAAUUAAGGUGAUUGAUUAUUAUACAUGAAAGGUUGGAUGAAGGGAUGGUGGAUAGAAAGGUGAAAUGGAAAGCUUGCGUUCUUUUUAAGUAUACAGAUAUAUCUGAUAAUUUAUAUUCUUACACAUACUGACCUAGGGUUAUUAUGUUCAGGGAAAUAUAGGUUGAAGAUAUAGCUUUUCAUACCCUACUUGCUCUGCAAGAAUCUGGAAACAUAUGGAUGGGGAAAAUGCACAGAUGCAAAACAAAUCAAUAAAAAACACGAAAUUAUGUACAUUUACUUGCUUGGUUUACAUGGAUAAGAAAAAUACGACAAUACCGAUAAGCACGGUCAAAUCAAAGUCGAACCACAUAAAAGAGUGUAGUUAGGAUUUUACGAUGCCACUAAAAACUCCACUUACACUGCGCGUAGAAAUUCUAAAAAGAGGUCUGCGUGGAUUGUAAAAUCACUUCAUAUUUUUUGAGCUCAAAAAAAUCACUUCAUAUUUUUUCUUCAAUAGUGACAUAAUAUAAUUUCUUUACCACAUUUUAUUUGCUCCAUACCUUUGAACCAAACAAAUGAAACAAAAGGAAACAAAAAAUAUCUGUUUCUGUAAUUUUCCUCUGUUUUUUCUAUAAACCAAACUAUCUCUUCAAACCUAUAUAUCUAGAGGAUCCGGUAGGUUGAUGAGUCCAUCUAGGAAUGGUGUGUGAUCAAUCCUACCCAACACAGAGAGGGCUACUCGAAGAUAUUGGUUUGCUUACAGACCAUGACACGUGGGGACCCGGUGAGCUCCAGCCCAAGCUUGCAAUGCUCUGCUUCCUCUGUUCCCCAUUCACCGCGGGCCCGCGGCGCGGCGCAAAAACCCUCACCCACAGCAGCGGCGACCAAAUCCGCCGAGCAGGCCGGCAAUGCCGUCCGGCGGCAAGCCGCGGAGGUCCGCGUCCGCCAUCGUCGCCGACACGGCGAGCGGGCACCACCUCCUCACGGUCCACGGCUACUCCCGCACCAAGGGCGUUCCCACCGGGGAGUGCGUCAAGUCCCGCCCCUUCGACAUCGGCGGCCACCGCUGGCGCAUCGACUACUACCCCAACGGCGUGCGCGCGGAGGUCGCCGACUACGUGUCCCUCUCCCUGAUGCUCGACGAGGACGAGGGCGUCGCGGCGGCGCCGGCGGUGAAGGCCCAGUACGACAUCCGCCUCGCCGGCGAGGCGGAGGAGGAGGAGGAGGAGGGGGCGGCGCUGGCGUCGGCGUCGGUGGACGACUUCACCCCCGGGAGGGGCUGGGUGUACACGACGUUCGUCUCCAGGGAGGAGCUGGAGGGCUCCGAGCAUCUCAGGAACGACUCCUUCACCGUCCGGUGCGACAUCGUCGUCGUCCGCGACUACCGCGCCGAGGACGCGGCGGCGGGCUUCGUGUCCGUGCCCGCGUGCGACCUGCGGCGGGACCUCGCCGGGCUCCUCGAGACCGAGAAGGGCGCCGACGUGGUGUUCGAGGUCGGCGGCGAGACCGUCGCCGCGCACCGGUGCGUGCUCGCGGCCCGCUCCUCGGUCUUCGCCGCCGAGCUCUUCGGGCCGAUGAAGGAGGGCAAGGAGGACAUGAAGCCGGAGGUGUUCAAGGCUCUGCUCCGCUUCGCAUACACGGGCUUGUUGCCGGAGACGCGCAAGGAGGACCAAGACGUCACCUGCCAGCACCUCCUCGUCGCCGCGGACAGGUACGGCAUGAGGCGGCUGAAGCUGAUCUGCGAGGAGAAGCUCUGCGAGUGCAUAAAUGUGGGCUCGGCGGCCAUCGUCUUGGCGCUGGCCGAGCAGCACCGUUGCGAGGGGCUGAAGAAGGCGUGCUUCGAUUUCCUCGCCGCGCCGGCGAACCUGAGGGCGGUCGUGGCCACCGAAGGCUUCCAGCAUCUGAGCAGGAGCUGCCCUUCACUCAUGGCCGAGGUGAUCACCAUGUCCUUGGGCAUUAGCUGAGUGAUGGAUCAUGGAUGCCGAAGUGUCCUGCCAGGUGAAUAAUUAUUGUUUCGAGACUAAUGUAGGGGAAAUAUGUAUGUAAUCAGGUAGCUGACUUAGUAGACUCUAAUUGAUGAUCGAGAUGCCGAAAAAAUGCCUCAUUUUGCCCCUUUUCUGUCAGUACGUAGUAUCUCUGCAACUGUGAAAAAUAACCAGGAAGUGCAUUUUAAUCAGAGGGCAUGGAAUGCUCUGGUUUUUAGGCAAAUACUAGCAACUUGUGGUUUCA